UUUAUCACGACCUCUCUCUCUCUCUCUCUCUCACAUUCUUGUUUCUUAUUAUUUAUAUUUGUUUUUUCCAUGAUGGGCAUUGAACAGAAACUGUAGAAGCCUGUCGAACAGUGAAUUGUAAUAGUGGUAAAAUGAAAGAAUGAAUGGGUAUAUAUAUGUGUGGGAGUAUACAGAUAUAGAUAUAGAUAUGGUGGUGCAGCUGUGGUGAUUUGGCAUUUUCUGGUUUUUGUUCGGUGCUUGUUGGUAUUGGUUGGUUUGUUGGUUCCAUUUGAUGUUUACAUAGAGGAGCUAGCUUAGCCACUUUCGGCAAAAGAACUCACAGAGAUACAUUUACACAAAGAAAGAACGCGUUUACUGUUUAGAGACCAAACCCCAUCUUUUGUACCACUCAAUGAAUCAUUAGUCUCAUACUCAAACUCUGAAAGCGAGUGUUUUUUUAGAGCUGAGACAAAUAGUAUAUAUUUGAGUUUGGGUGAUUGGAGAAGAAACUGAAGAAGAGAGAUUGCAAAAUGAGAGUGUGCUGUCUUGGUUGGUUGAGCAUUCUUGUCAAAUGAGGUUUCCCUUUCCGAGGUGAUUUAUUUGGACACGCAGAUUAAACUGCAUGCAAUUGACGCGCAAGAUGUUUUAAAAGACCACGCAAGAAAGAGAACAAAAGAAAAAGAAAAAAGUCUUGUUUCUAAAUUUUCCCAAUUUUGAAGGAAAACUAAAAGAGAAAAAUGGAUUGUAGUAACGAGUUGGAUAUGCAAGAACCGAGCAUUGAGACGGAUAAGCUUAGUUACGAAAUCUUCUCCAUUCUCGAAAGCAAGUUUCUCUUCGGCUACGACGAUCCAAAGCUCUGGUUCCCCAAGCAAAUACCUCCCAAGCCGGAAUCUCAGACUCCGGCAGCUACCGCCGCCGUGGACUGCGUCUCCGCAGUCAAGAACCAGCGCGGCAAGAUAUGCAUUCUCGCCAUCGACGGCGGCGGCAUGCGCGGGAUUCUCGCCGGAAAAGCCCUCGCCUACCUGGAAGCCGCGCUGAAGAAGAAAUCCGGCGACCAGAACGCCACCAUCGCAGACUACUUCGACGUGGCCGCUGGCGCCGGAGUCGGCGGCAUCUUCACGGCGAUGCUCUUCUCCACCAAAGACCACCGCCGCCCGAUUUUCUCCGCCGACGACACGUGGCGGUUUCUGGCAGAGAAAGGAAACAAAUUCUACCGCGCGGGAGGCAGCGCAAGCAACCGGGGGUUGCUGAAGAGGUUACUUUCCAGUGGAGGUUCCGGCUCGGUGUCGUCGGCGACGGCGGGUUUGGAGAAAGCGGUGAAGGAAGCGUUCACGGCGGAGAAUGGUGGUGGGAGUUUGACUCUAAAGGACACUCUAAAACCGGUUCUGAUUCCGUGCUACGACUUAUCGAGUACGGCGCCGUUUUUGUUCUCACGUGCGGACGCGUUGGAAACGGAUAGCUUCGACUUCCGGUUGUGGGAGGUAUGUCGUGCCACCUCGGCCGAACCGGGUUUGUUCGAACCGGUUCAGAUGCGUUCCGUGGAUGGUCAAACAAAGUGCGUGGCCGUGGACGGAGGUUUAGCGAUGAGUAACCCAACGGGGGCGGCAAUCACGCACGUGCUGCACAACAAGCAAGAGUUUCCGUUCGUGCGAGGCGUGGAGGACCUUCUUGUUCUGUCCCUCGGAACGGGUCAACUAUUGGAGGUGAGUUACGACUUUGACCGAGUCAAACGCUGGAAGGCCAAGGAUUGGGCCAGGCCCAUGGCCCGCAUUUCCGCCGACGGCUCCUCUGACCUCGUCGACCAGGCCAUCGCCAUGGCCUUUGGUCAGUGCCGCAGCACCAAUUAUGUCCGCAUUCAGGCAAAUGGGUCAAGUAUGGGGCGAUGUGGACCCAAUGUGGAUACAGAUUCAAGUCCCGGCAAUGUGAAGAUGCUAGUAGGAAUAGCAGAAGAGAUGUUGAAGCAGGAGAAUGUAGAGUCAGUACUGUUUGGAGGAAAGAGAAUUGGGGAGCAGAGUAACUUCGAGAAACUUGACUGGUUUGCUGGAGAACUUGUUCAGGAGCAUCAGAGGAGGAGCUGCAGAAUAGCUCCCACUGUUGCUUUCAAGCAAGCAACCCCAAAAGCGACUUAGGCCAUCCAUGGCCAACAACAGUUCAAAGAAUCAACCUAAAGAAAAAGUGAAAAACCGAUAUAGUAGGAAGCAGGAGCAAGGAAAAAGAAGGGGAAAAAAAAACAAAAGAAAAAGGCAGAUAGUAUAGUAUAGCAGCUUUACUUUUCAAGAUAGACAAAGAAGGUUAGGGAGUCGAGUGAAAAGGACAAGUGGUGUAAAAAGGGUGGAAAAUUUUUGUGGGAUACUUUGCUCUCCAGAGGACAGACAUUGUGGUGUCCACACUACCUUUCUAUUAGGGUAAGAAACCAAGAAAGAAAAAGCCAAGUGUCUGAGUUGAAGCUUUUUAGGGUCAAACAUGAAUCAAGUGUGAAUUUUUUAUUUUUAAAAUGAGAAUUCAGGGUGGUUAAUUGGAUCACAUUCUUCCAUUCCAUUCUAGUUUUCUUCUUCUUAAGGAUAUUUUGUAAAUCUUUUUUUCAUAUUAAAAAAGUUUCAUCCCUGCUUCAAAGGAACUGUGGAGGUGGUGGGCUACGUUGUUAUUAUAAAUUUUAAAUAUGUGGCCACACUUGUCUCUGACCAAAGAUCGAUUGUUAUUGUUCUUAUUGUUUGUUGAAUUCUUA